AUGUCGCCUAAGCAAGUGGAUGACUUCAUGGCGAGUUAUCUGAUUUACACGCUUGACUGGGCCAAUGAGAAGCAGAUGGUAGACACACUUGGCCCCAAUUAUGCCGAGAAAGUCGGGGACUGUCUCAAGGCGUAUUACGGGACACUGAAUGCCCUGUGCUCUCUAGGAGAUGUUGAGAAGAUGUACAUUCCACCUCUCAUGGACAGACAGAUGUCUGUCCGAGACAAUCAGUUGAUGUACGAAGAAUCCAUUGCUCGCGACAUUGAGCUCAAGAAAGGUGAUCAUGUAUUGGACCUCGGCUGCGGGCGGGGCCGUGUUGCAGCUCAUAUGUCAUCCUUUUCGGGAGCGGUAGUGACUGGUUUGAAUAUCGACCCGGUCUCAGUAGCGGAAGCUCGUAGCUACAACAGCGAGCUUGGCUUCCAGAACAGCUUUGUGGUAAAGGACUUCAAUGAUCUGCCACUACCAUUUGCAGACGAGAGUUUCGAUGCAUUCUACCAGAUACAGGCCCUGAGCUUAGUGAAAAAUAUCCCGGCCUUGUUUAAGGAGGUUUUUCGGGUUCUCAAACCAGGAGCGAAACUCUCAUCUCUAGACUGGGUGAGCCUCCCGGCAUAUAAUGCCGAAAGUGCGGAACAUCGUGAGCUCAUGGCUCGCGUAAAGCCACUCAUCGGGGCGGUGGGAACUCCCACACCGGAGAUUCUGGAGGAUGCUCUAGUGAAUGCAGGAUUCAUAGUCACGCGAUCAGAUAACGCCAGCAUCGAUGGUCUUCAGGCGCCGCUAAUCGACAAAGUUGACGUGUACUUCCGUGGCUUGCGCCAGCUGGUCUUGGGACUAGUCAAGUUACAUAUUCUUCCGGCACAUAUGAAGAUAUUGCUUGAUCGCUUCUGUCUGGAUGGUCAGGCUUUCGUAGAAAUGGACAGAAAGCGCCUAACGACGACAUCGUACCGUCUCAUUGCGAUCAAGCCACUGAAGGCAUGA